AUGUCUUCCGCCCCAUUGUUGCAAUCCGCCCCAGGCAAGAGAAUCUCACUCCCAACUAGGGUCGAGCCAAAGGUCUUCUUUGCCAAUGAGCGUACCUUCUUGUCGUGGUUGAACUUCACCGUCAUCUUGGGAUCCUUGGGUGUCGGUUUGUUGAACUUUGGUGACAAGGUGGGCAGAAUCUCCGCUGGUUUCUUCACAUUGGUUGCCAUGAUGACCAUGGUCUACGCGCUCGUCACCUACCAUUGGAGAGCAAACGCCAUCAGAAAGAGAGGUUCCGGCCCUUAUGACGACAGAUUCGGCCCAACCAUGUUGUGUCUCUUCAUGUUGGCUGCCAUCAUCAUCAACUUUGUGUUGAGAAUCUCCUCCUAA